ACAGCCGGGAGGAUUUUCACCUUUCAUUCCCGGGUUAUACCCACAAUCCUUGCCCCAAACUAAUAUCAUCCGCCCGGUCGCUCCAACAAACCUGAUCGGAGAGAUGGACAAAGCUGGUCCGUCCCGGUCCAGAAGGAGUCGGUCCCGAAGGUCACGCACGCAGAUCACGCCUGAUGGCGAUGUGCGGUCAGUCCAUAGCAGGGAUGAGGAUUGGGAUGUACCCCAGGCACAAAAGAAGCUGAAGGGAAAAGCUAUUCAACCUGAAGGGUCCAGGAGGUCAGCGUUUCAAAGGCUUGGCCAUGAAGGCCGAAAUCAAAACCGGCCUGCCAAAGAACGACUGGGGGUGGAAACAACCCCGUUGAGUGCUUUUGAUCGCCUGGGUAGAGGGGCCGAGCGACCUGGUCAGACCAGGCGCACGAAACCUCUCCAUCGCAAAGAGCCCCAACAUAGCCGGGCGCCCCAUGAAGAAGAAGCGGAGAGCCAUCCUAGGCACACGUUCCGCUCCCAUGUUGAACAACCCCGGGAUCGCGUGGGCCGGGUCGAAGCACGUUUGGAAAAGCUACAGCGCCGGGUGGACCGGGAUGAAAAGAAGAAAAUCCUGUUGAACGAAUUUCCGUUCACAGACCGGGUUCACGAGACCCCAUUUCCAAAGAAAGCAAAGUUGGAGGUCCCAAAGUUCACCGGGAAGGAUGACCCGGAAAUUCACGUCAAAACCCUCCAUCAAAGCGGACGGAUGAUGGGUCUUUCCGGGGAUGAGAAGUGUUUGCUUUUCUUUCAAACCCUCCGCGGCCGCGCCGCUUACUGGUUCCAUAACUUACCGGCCGCCGGGCAGCGAGAGCACGAGGAUUUGACCAAAUUUCUCACCCGGUGGAAGGAUGAAGUUGACAAGGUGGAGGAGAUGGACGAUAAAACAGCCAUGUCCCUCCUAGUGUCCGGGCUCCGGUCCGGAGAACUGUACAAAGAGUUCUGCAGAAGGCCUCCCCAAUCAUAUCAAGAGGCCUACAACACAGCCUGGGAUUAUGCUGACGCCGAAGCACAGGUGUCGUCCAAAAGGGAGGCCGAGCAGGGCCAUUCCAAAGGAAAAAUUUCUUUGAAAAAGGAAAUUGAGCUGCCCGGUAGGGCAAAGGCUGAAGUCAUGGAGGGAGUAAUUAAGCAGAUGAUUGAGGCCGGGGAGAUCGAUCCGGAAUAUUUGGCCCAGGCCAAACAAAAGAAAAACCAAUGGGUUAGGUCUGAAAGACAGCCGGCCGAACAGAAUAAGAAGAAGAAAGCAGCCGGCAAGGAGCAUCUGCAAGUCAUUUACGGCGGGCCGGAAGGGGGAGAUUCUGCUUCCCAAAGAAAGAAAUGGGGGCGAGAGCUCUAUGUUGGAACUGUGGCCCUAAAUCCCCGGUCGAAACAAGCAAGACGGGAACCGAUCACUUUUAUUGACCGGGACCUCCCCGCCACCGGAGAGGAUCACAAUGACCCCUUGGUGAUAACUAUGGACAUGGGUGGAGUUGAUGUCUCCCGGGUGCUCGUUGACACGGGCAGUAGUGUUAACGUGUUGUACCUGGAUGCAUUUGAGAAGCUCAAGUUGUGUCGAACACGGCUUGAGCCCUUAAAGACUCCCCUGUCCGGGUUUACCGGGGACUCAGUCGAAGCUGAAGGGUCGAUCCUUUUAAUUUGUGAGCUGGGCACGGGCGACCAUGUCGUCCAAAAACAAAUGAGGUUUGUGGUUGUGAACAUCAAAUGUGUUCACAACGCCAUCCUAGGUCGGCCUGGAAUAAACAAGGUCCGUGGAGUCAUCUCCAUGGCCCACCUUUGCAUGAAGUUCUAUACCCCGGGUGGUAUCGGACAAGUGAGAGGAGACCAAAAGAAGGCCCGGUCUUGUUACUUGGAGGCCGUAAAGAAAAUGACCAAGGCAUUUGAGAGGGUUACCUUGGUUUCCCAGGAAGAAGAGCGGUCAAAACUGGAACCGGGUGAUGAGACCGAGCAGAUUGUUCUCCGGGAAGCCUUCCCGGGAAGGAUGGUGCGAAUAGGCAGGGACCUGCCUGGAGGACUUCGAGAAGAAAUUAUCUCAGUCCUUCGGGAAUGUGCGGAUAUUUUCGCUUGGAGUGUGGCGGACAUGCCGGGCAUUGACCGUUCUGUCAUAUGCCAUCGUUUGGCUGUGAUGGAAGGGACUGCAAUCAAGGGUCAAGCUUUGGCAGACUUCCUCGUCGAACUGACCGGUCUAGAGCCCGAAGCCGGACCUUUCCAUACGGUCGAACCGUGGUGGGAUAUGGCCAUUGAUGGGGCCUCUGGACCGAAGGGAUGCGGGGCCGGCGUAGUCUUCACUACCCCGGAAGGAUUUAAGAUCUACCAUGCCUUAGUUUUUAAUUUCAAGCUCACCAAUAAUGAGGCGGAGUAUGAGGCGUUGGCCGGUGGUCUUAGAUUAGCCCGGGCUCUCGGGAUAAAAAGGAUGAAGAUCCGUUCCGAAUCAAGUCUGGUUGUCGGACAAGUCAAUGGUGAGAUGGAAGUAAAGGAAGAUCGCCUGGCCCGGUAUAGUGACCUGGUCCGAGCACUCAUAAGGGAGUUAGAAGAGUUUCGUCUAACCAGGAUACCCCGGUCAGAAAACGGUGAUGCAGAUAUGCUUUCAAAAUUGACGCAAGCUUGCCCAGAGCAUGUGUCAAAAUUGGCAAAAAUUGAAAUACUGGACGUGCCGAGCAUAGACCGGUUUGAAGUCGCGGCCAUCCAACCUGGCCAGACUUCAGCGACCGGGAUAAUCGGAGCAGAUGCUGACUGGAGGUACGAACUCAUGGAGUAUCUAGAGACCGGUCAGAAGCCGGAUGACGAGGAACGAGCCAGGAAAGUGGUCCUACGGGCUCCACGUUUCCAGGUAAUUGACGGUCACCUAUACAAACGUGCCAUUGGCGGACUGCUCUUGCGUUGCCUUACCAACCCUGAAGCUGAGUGGGUAAUAGCUGAGGUACAUGAGGGAGUUUGUGCAGCCCAUCAGAUGUCCCGCACUUUGGCUCAAAGGAUAAUAUUGCUAGGCUACUACUGGCCAACCAUUGUUGGAGAUUGUGAACGGUAUGUCCAGAGAUCCCGGCUACCAGUGGAGGCAGAAAUUCCAACAUUUAGGGAAACCGUGUACCAGCCCGGUCAGAAUGAGGUCGACCACCUCGCUGAACUGAAUCUGGUGGAAGAAGGAAGGACCAUAGCGGCUGUCAAGAUGGCCGGUUACCAGCAGUCAGUAAAGCGGUAUCAUGAUAACCGGGUAGGCCCGCGAUACUUCCAAGUGCAUGAUGAAGUUUUGCGCAGAAGGGAUGCUAGUAAGUCUAAUGAGAGGGGUAAGCUAGCACGUAAUUGGGAAGGGCCCUAUCGCGUAAAAGCAAUCGUCAGACCGGGCACUUACCAGUUGGAAACUAUGGAAGGUGUCCGGGUCGACCGACAUUGGAACUCUCACCACUUACGUAAAUUUUAUAGAUAAAGUGUAAUGAGUUCCCGGCCAGUAAUAAAACUUGUCUUUUCCG